AUGCCAGGUGCUAUGCCUCGUGCUAUGCAAGAUGCUAUGCUUGGUGCUAUACCAGGUGUUAUGCCAGAUGCUAUGCAAGGUACUAUUUCAGGUGCUGUGACAGGUGUUAUUCCAGGUAUUAUGCCUGGUGCUGUGACAGGUGCUAUACCUGCUGCUAUGUCAAGUGCUGUACCAGGUGCUAUACCUGAUGAUAUGCCUGAUGCAAUUCAAUUUGCUAUUCAAGGAGCUAUGCAAGGUGCUGUACCAUGUGCUAUACCUGAUGAUAUGCCUGAUGCUGUGCAAGGUGCUAUGCCAGAUGAUAUGCUUGGUGUUAUACCUGGUGUAAUGCCAGAUGCUAUUCAAGGUGCUACGCCAGAUGUUAUGCAAGGUGCUAUGCCAGAUGCUAUGCAAGGUGCUAUGCCAGAUACUAUGCCAGCUGCUACGCAAGGUGAGCAAUCUAACCACUGA